AUGGCAGAUGCUCAUGAAUCAGAUAAGAACAUUGAGAUAUGGAAGAUCAAGAAAUUGAUCAAGGCAUUGGAAUCUGCAAGAGGCAAUGGCACCAGUAUGAUAUCUCUUAUAAUGCCUCCACGUGAUCAAAUUUCUCGGGUCACUAAGAUGUUGGGUGAUGAAUUUGGAACUGCUUCAAACAUCAAAAGCAGGGUCAACCGUCAGUCCGUGUUGGGUGCUAUUACUUCUGCUCAACAGAGGCUGAAGCUGUAUAAUAAGGUUCCUCCCAAUGGGCUGGUUCUUUAUACAGGAACAAUUGUUACCGAAGAUGGCAAGGAAAAGAAGGUGACAAUUGACUUUGAACCGUUCAGGCCUAUAAAUGCCUCUCUGUAUCUAUGUGAUAACAAGUUUCACACAGAAGCUCUAAAUGAACUUUUAGAAUCUGAUGAUAAGUUUGGUUUUAUUGUCAUGGAUGGAAAUGGUACUCUCUUUGGGACAUUAACUGGAAACACACGAGAGGUGCUACACAAGUUCACUGUUGACUUACCAAAGAAGCAUGGAAGAGGAGGGCAGUCAGCUUUGCGUUUUGCCCGUCUUCGGAUGGAAAAGCGGCAUAACUAUGUGAGAAAGACUGCAGAACUUGCCACACAGUUCUUCAUCAACCCUGUCACCAGUCAGCCUAAUGUUUCUGGACUCAUACUUGCUGGUUCAGCUGACUUCAAGACUGAGCUGAGCCAAUCGGAUAUGUUUGAUCCUCGCUUACAAGCAAAGAUAUUGAAUGUCGUUGAUGUCUCCUAUGGGGGAGAAAAUGGGUUCAAUCAAGCUAUCGAGCUGUCUGCAGAGAUUCUAUCUAAUGUAAAGUUCAUACAGGAGAAGCGCUUGAUUGGCAAGUAUUUUGAAGAAAUCAGCCAGGAUACGGGAAAGUAUGUCUUUGGUGUAGAUGACACAUUGAAGGCUUUGGAAAUGGGUGCUGUUGAAAUCCUAAUUGUGUGGGAAAAUCUGGAUAUUACUAGGUAUGUGCUGAAAAACAUUGCAACUGGUGAGAUUAUCAUAAAGCAUUUGAACAAAGAGCAAGAAGCCAACCAGAGCAAUUUUCGGGAUCCAGAUACCUCUGCGGAGUUGGAAGUUCAGGAUAAGAUGCCGUUGCUUGAGUGGUUUGCGAAUGAGUACAAGCGCUUUGGUUGCACACUUGAAUUUGUAACCAACAAAUCCCAAGAGGGGUCCCAGUUUUGCAGAGGAUUCGGUGGGAUUGGAGGCAUCCUUCGCUACCAGCUUGACAUAAGAUCAUUUGAUGAGCUAUCUGAUGAUGGCGAAGUAUAUGAGGAUUCUGAUUAA